AUGGAAGAGGCCGAGAUCUUCCGACAGCUGCGGGGCAACAUCUUCCAGCCCCUGCUGCCCAAGUUCCAAGAAGACCCCAAGCUGUGGCACUUGCGCGAGGAGGCGGGCCACACGCCGCUGCAUUGGGCCGCGCUGUCGGGGGAUGUGCCCUUUACCACAGCCGCCUUGCAGCACCUGGAGGUGGACAUCCGCGCGGACAACCUGCAGACGCCUUUGAUGUGGGCCGUCACGCGCGGCAGACUGCAGGUCGCCAAGCUUCUUAUGGAGGCCAAGGCCGACCCUUACACCAAGGACAGCGUGGGUGCCACGCCGCUGAUCCUGGCGGUGCAGCACGGGCAAACCAGCGCCAUGCUAUUGCUGUUCGCGCUCUGCGAGCACAAGGCGCUGCUAGCCGGGGUGGACGUGAAGGGCUGCAGCGCAGUGCACUGGGCUGCCUUCAAGGGCGAACUGUCAGCUCUGCAGCUGCUUGACUACUUCAACGCAGACUUCUCCGUCACUGACAAUGAGAAGAUGUCCCCGCUUCAUCGUGCCGCACAGGGCAACCAGGAUGGCAUUAUGCAGUUUUUGCUGGACCGAGGUGUGAACGCCUCUUUGGUGGACCGCCAGGACCGAACCUGCAUCGAGGUGGCGCAGCAGCUUAACCGCCAGAAGGCGCUGAGUCGCUUGAAGCGGCUCUUGGAGCCCAAGCCUUCGGACGAGGAGGGAAGCAAAGUUCUUCGCCGAAGAAAGGCUGCGGAGGAGGCGGAGGCUUUGGUGAAAAGAGCAAAGAGAAUGGCGCUGCCCAGCUUCUGGUUCAGUUGUGUUUCCGUGGCCACCUUCGAGUACUUGAUGGAGCUGCAGGGCCCUGCGCGUCUGCUGCUCCCCACCUGCGCCACGGCGUUUGAGCUCGGAGUGCCAGUGGUGAUGGUACUUUUUCUCAUCAUGCAGCAGACGGAUCCCGGCAAGGUACCGAGGCGAGUGAAGGGAUCCUCAGCGGUGGAGGAGCUCUUCUGGGGAGAGGGCUGGGUAUGA